AUGCCUCCUUCGGCCUUUGACUUGGCCAGGCGGGGCAUCAAUUGCCGAUGUCACGUGGUGGCGGUACCGGUAGCUUUCCGACGCUGUUCCGAAAGACUCCAGUGCCACGCAGAUUUCGCGCUGCCAUGCGCUGGGAACUCGAUCCGCAAAGAGUUUUUUUUUCCUUCUCUCUUCUUUUCGAUUGCGUUGACCAAACCUGGCUGUCUACGAAUUCAGGCUGCUCUUUCAGCUCUUGGUGCCUUCAAACGCUCAACCCAUCUUUGCUGGAACUCACGAAUCUCCUCACGUCUAGCUCGUUUCCUCGUCGUUCACCACUUUCGUCUUUCAUUCCGAAAACAUCACCAAGGAACAGUGCCACCAACAGACAUGACCGCCGUCCAAGAACUCUUCUCCCUCCAGGGCCAAACCGCCCUCGUAACCGGAGGAACACGAGGCAUCGGUCAAUCCAUGGCCCUCGCCCUCGCCGAAGCAGGCGCAGACAUCCUUCUCGUCCAACGCGACACUUUCAACCAAACCACCAAACAAGCCAUCGAAGCCCUAGGCCGCAAAGCCACAAUCUACCCCGCCGACCUCUCCUCCCCGGCCUCCAUCACCAACCUCGUCCCCGCCAUCCUAGCAGACGGCCACAGAAUCCACAUCCUCCUCAACUGCGGCGGCAUCCAAAAGCGACACCCAGCCCACCAAUUCCCCGACGCCGACUGGGCCGCCGUCCUCCAAGUCAACCUCACCGCCGUCUUCCAACUCUGCCGCGAUGUAGGCGCACAUAUGCUGUCCCAGCCCGCUGACCUGCCCCUCUCGCGUCGCGGCGCCAUUAUCAACGUUGCAUCCCUGCUUACCUUUCAGGGCGGCAUCACGGUGCCGGCGUAUGCGGCGUCCAAGGGCGGUGUCGGACAGUUGACCAAGGCGCUGUCGAACGAGUGGGCGGCGCAGGGGGUCAGUGUGAAUGCGAUUGCGCCGGGCUAUAUUGCGACGGACAUGAAUGAGGCGCUGUUGAAGGACGAGAAGCGGGCGGAGAGUAUUCUCGCGAGGAUUCCGGCGGGUAGGUGGGGGAGGCCUGAGGAUUUCAAGGGUGUGGUGGUUUGGUUGGCAAGUGCGGCGAGUGCCUAUGUUAGUGGCGAGGUUGUUACUGUUGAUGGGGGGUGGAUGGGGAGGUAG